AUGGCGUGCAAGGCCAUCGACGGCGGCGGCGACGGAAAGGGAGCAGCUCCGGGGAGGGCAGAGGCCGCCGCCGCCGCGUGCAUCCGGCACAUUUCCAAAUACAGGGCUGGAGAGCUGGAUCAGCAGCUGCAGGCGGAUCUCGAGCGGCUGCGCCAGCGGCAGGCGGCGACAGGCGCGCCUCCCUCUGCGCCCGCCCAGCAGGCGACAGCGCAGCAGCCGGCAGCUGCCAGCGGUGGCGGCCCGCUGGAGGCGGUCAAAGACGCGGUCGACAAGGGCAAGCAGCUGGCGGAGCCCGGGACCCCCGACACCAGCCCCUUCUGGCAUCCCCAGGCCUGCCGCGCCGAGGAGGCGGCACAGGCCCUGCUGGAGAUGCACAGCGGCAGCAGCCUGGAGAGCAGCCUGUCGGAGCAGCUGCCGCUGACCAGCCGCGGCGCGAGCCCCGACCGCGACCCGGCGGCCGCCGCCGCGCCGCCGCCCAGACGGGGCGGCGCCCAGCCAGCAUUCCCCGCCCCUGCGCCGGCCGCCGCGGCUGUGCCCUAUCCCGUCUACCGCCCCACGCCCGUGCACGGCGCGAUGGACCCCACAGCAGGCCUGCUGGCGCCGUGGUUUGUGGCACCCGCGGCGGCGGCGCCCGUGGCGCCGGCGCUGCCGUUGCUGCCGCCCGCGCCGCGGCUGCGCGGCGGCUGCCCGCCGCCCGCGGCGGCCUGCGGCGCUGGCGUCGAUGCCGGCGUGCUGGCGCAGGCGCACCGCUGGCUGGCGUCUGUGCUGGCGCAGCAGGAGCAGGAGAGGCGGUACCUGGAGCAGUACAACCACCUGCUGCUGCUGCAGGCGAUGCAGCAGGAGCAGGCGCGGCGGCGGCAGCAGCACACGCAGCGCUGCACGCCGGCCGCAGCGGCGAUGGCCGGGCACUGUGCAGGGCCCCUGCUUGCCUAA